UCUACGAUCAGUAUAAUAGGUCGAACGCAAGUGAUUCGAUAAACGUCUAUUCAGUACGAGUUUACCGAGACACACCGGAACGACCAGAACCAUCAUGAGAUUUUCGUUUGCAGUUAUUUCGGCGUUCGCAUUUUUAGUCGUCAUAAAUGUCUCGUACGUGAACGCAAAACACGUCGCGACUUCUACCGAUGGUAAAAUCCGUUCGACAACUACGUUAGAACAUGCUGAUCAAACGAAAGCCGAACACACAACGUUAAAGAAAGAUCACGACAAUAAAUCCAGUAGCACUCUCAUACCACAAAUAUUCACUCCCUUUUCCUUUAUAAGGACUACACCGUCACUAGAAGAAGACCGCGAUUGCCCAAAUGGAUAUUAUUAUCAUGAACUAUAUGGAUGCGUGAAAAUAUAUGUUUAAAUUUUAGUAAAGAUACUAAUUUAAUAAUUUAUUUAAAAUAUAUUAUAUUAUCAUUUAUCUACGUUAAUAUAAAAUAAUAUGUACGAAUACCUAUAUAAAUAUUUUAAUAUGUAUUUAUUGUUACUAUCUUACUUUUAUGUUAUUACUAACGUUAAGAUAUCGUGUGUUUGUCGUAUUUUGGAUCCAAAAAGCAAAACGAAUGAUAACUGAUAAAGUUAAGUAUUUUGAAAUAUUUCAAUUUAAAAUUCGGAAUCAGAAACCUAGUUAGAAAUACUUAUUAUAAAUUCCAAAUCGUGUAUUUUAAAUAUAGUUUAUAUUUAUGAUAUCAUAUUUUAUAAGA